UCUUCUGAUUUCCCUGAUGAUGUUCAAGUUGUUGAGAAACCUACCCUUCCAACAAACAUUCCUCCAGAUGAGAAGGCCCCCUUGAAAAGGCUGAGAUGAGGCAAACGAUUUGAAGCUUCUCCGAGCAUGUCAUCUCCGAAGGUAUCUAAAAGGUCACGAUCAGGAGUGCUUAUUUCUGAUUCUCCCUCCAAAAAAUCUACAGAAGAGACCACCCUGCCUUUGCAUCCUCAGCUGGCACCUCUUUGGUCUCUGAUGUUCUUAAAGACAAAGGUCAGGCUUCUAAUUAACCUCCGCUUCCUGUUCUUCCUGAAGCUCCAUCCUCUCCAGUCUCAGGAGACGUCUCUCCCGGACUUUAGUGGCAUGCUCUCUUGCCUGAAUCUUCUCAGGUCCUCCCAGACUCAAGCUCCUAAGACUGCCCCUGAUGCACCUUCUCAGACCACGUCGAUCAUUGAUCGUGUGAGAAUCUUAUGCAAAGCCUCCGCCAAUAUGUCUACAAGAGAAUUUUGGAGGAGCAGGCAGACUACUGAUCUGGGGCAAAUUGCAAAUGACAUCUUGGCUGAUCCUACUCUUUCAGCGAGGCAGCGUGUUUGUGGAGAUCUUAAAAAAUUGAGCUCGAUGCUGGGAGGCCCGGUCCCUGAGGUGACUGAUAUUUUUUACUCGACUCAACGUUUUCUUAAUGCCCACAAAGCUGCUUCUGAAAAGGUGGACACUGCCCAACCCAAACUAGAACGUCUGAUGGAGGCUGCAAAAACUUCUCAUGCUAAGAUCAAGCGCCUGGAAGAGGAAACCAAAGUCUGCGACAAGAAAAGGAGAAGGAGAAAUAACUGAUGGACUCCAACGCUCAAGAAUUCAAGGAACUUUUUACUGAGGUUGCCCAGUUAGCCGAAGACCUGCAAGUCUCUGAGCCGCGUGUUGAAGUUUGGCAGAGAGAUAUACUUGAAGUCUCUCACCAAUUGUCUCAGCUGGAAUACCAAUUCCAGGCUUGUUGGCCUCAGGUGGUUGACCGUUUUAAUUUCAAGGCCUGUGAGCCAAGAAAAUCUAAGGGGAAUGCCCCUUAUU